AUGUUUACACUUUACGAUGGCCCUAUGCUCGGGUCGCCAUCCGCUCCACCAACGCUGCUCGCACUUCCUCUCGAGAUCCUUGACCUGAUCACAAAACAAUUGACUACUCGCGAUCUUUGGAGUGUCUACGACUGCUGCCAGCACCUGCGUGUUUGCGCCGCGCGCUGGCUUUUUCGCAAAGUCACCAUUCGAUUCGAUGGAUCGACUCCAUUUAUGCUGAACGGACGAUUUCUUCGACCUCCAAGGAGCGAUCUAGUACAAACAUUGAGCCGUUGGUCAGACCAUGUGCGGACCCUGGAUAUCUGGGGUGACGAAGCAGUCCUCCCGGACAAAUUCUUGGGUUUCUUGGGGGAUAUGCACCGUCUUCAGACCCCUGUAGGCACAUUGAGCGUGGACUUUAUGUCUCCAAGUAUUUGGCAGCUCCAGGUGACCUUUGUACACCUUCGAUGCCUGCGUCUUUCUUGCAUUGAGCACGAGCCCGGGCUGUUCGUGGUUCCGUCGCUUCCGGCUUUGGAAAGGCUGUGCUUAGAUUUCUGCUGCUAUUGUCUCGAUUGCCCACAAGCUGGCUUGGGACCGUGCGCAGAGCUACAGUUCGAUCGACUCCCAUCUCUGACUUCUCUGUCCAUUUCAGGCGCUCGACAGGAAAGCAUUGUGUGUAGUGGUAGCGCAUUCGAUCUUCGGCGAGUGGAGAUAACCUUCUCUACUGACAUCGACUGGCAGUCGCUUUGCCCAGCCCUCGGCUGCCACCUCGAAGAGUUGGUCAUCACGAACUGUGAUUUUGUGGCUCGGAGGCAGAGAUAUCAACCGCAUUGGCCGAACCUUCAAAGUUUACGCAUUUACGAUUCGAGCACCGCAGUUGCCCUUCUUGAAAGCGUGGAGCUCCCAGCUGGUGUUCACGUCCGUGUGCGAAUGCAGCCCACGGAUCUGCAGCAUUUGUCGACGUGGCCAAUGGUAUUACAGGCGCUGAGUGCUGUUUGUGUCACAGUCAGCUUCAGUAGUCACCAGAACCUCCCACAUGCCCUUCUAUUACGCUUACAGCAAUUAACGUCUCUGAGAACAGUGCAGAUAGACAAGACUGACUGUACAUGGGUCGCCGCCUGCUUAAGUGAUUUGAACGCGGCCGGUGACCGUGCUGAAGACGUGCAGUCCUCAGAGUUAGAAACUGCUGGUUAGCCGUAGUAGAUAGCGAAAACAAGAUGCCUUUACAGCUUGCUCUUUUGAAUCCUCCUAACCUAUAAUUGAGCAAACCGGGCACAAUAAAGCAGAG